GUAUGCACAGUAACUUAACCCACGGAAUCAUUACCAUGUCAACAACGUACAAUUCCACCAUGAACAUGUACCGCCGUAGCGGCGAACAGGUUCCCACUGCGACACCGUACCCAUGGCCACACGAUGCAAGCAUGUCACCAGAAACAACAGCACUGAUAAUAAUCGACAUGCAAAACGACUUCUGUUCGCCAAACGGCUACCUCAGCCAUCAAGGCUACUCCCUUACCCCGACCCGAGCGUCGAUCCCAGCGAUCCGUACCCUCCUGACACUCUUCCGCAAGCACUCCUUCCCCAUAAUUUUUACCCGAGAGGGCCACAGGCCGGACCUCUCCACCCUCUCCUCCCGGGAACUCCACCGCUCCCGGAAUAACCCUUCAGGCCUCGGCAUCGGCGAUCAGGGGCCCCUCGGCCGCCUCCUCAUUCGGGGGGAACCCGGUCACGACAUAAUCCCAGAACUGGCCCCACUCCCCAACGAACCCGUGGUGGACAAACCGGGCCGCAGCGCCUUCGCUUACACGGACUUUGAGCUGCUCUUGAGGGUCAAGGGGAUCAAGAAUUUGGUCAUUACAGGGGUAACCACAGACGUUUGUGUUAGCUGCACCAUGCGGGAGGGGAAUGAUAGGGGGUUUGAUUGUCUGCUUGUUCGGGAUGCGUGCGGGGCGAGCUUGCAGAGGUUACAUGAUGCUGCGGUAGAGAUGGUUGGGACUGAAGGGGGGAUCUUCGGCGCUAGUGCUGGCACCCAAGAGGUGGUUCGCGCCGUUGAGGCUUGGGCUGCGAGGAAUGUGAGGGGGUUGGGCAAGGAGGAGGAUGGAGAAAGCACGGGCAGCAGCGGGGAUAGGAGUGAUGAGUGAAAGGUGAUGGGUUUUAGGCGAGGGUUAGUUGGGGAACCAGAGGAAUAACUUGGGCAUCGGUUUUUCAUACUUGGUUGGUGAUUUAUGUGCUGGUGUAAAUUGUACCAUGGCUUUUUUGUGAAUAUCUUUGGCAAUGAAUUGGAUUGGAUUUUUUCUUG